AAUUAUAUGUCUCUCAGAUAAAACGUAACGUACCUCUCCACAUAUAUAAGUAUAUAUAUUUGGCCUCCAUUCCCAAAACCCGAAAACUUGUGUGAUUUGUCUCUCUCCACUCCAGUCUACUCCUCUUCUCGCUCUUCCCUGUCGAAAGAUUUUCACUUCUCUCUCUCUACAGAGUAAGAGAGAGAAUAUCCAAUUCAAUUUAGUUGAUCUGCAGAUCAUCCGACCAUUCCGAGGACUCGAUACUCCUACUCCGCAUUGAUGGAUCAGGAGCAGGCUUCUGAAGCCCUAAAUUCACCAUCCGCUGCCGUCGGCAAAAAGCUCAACGCCAAGGCUCCUGAAUUCGUCCCCCGCGCCUCCGCCUCCUCCUCCGCCGCCGCCGCACCACCUCCGCCGUCGCCGCUGCUUCAACCUAUGUACGCGAGGCCGCCGUCUUUUGUGCCGCCUCUGCCGCCGCCUUACUUUGGAUACGAGGCCUAUUACCAGCAAGAUGCGGCGCCGUUCUAUGCGUAUAAUGUGAAUCCAGGUGGUCGGGGGGAGCAUUCGGCUGAUGGAAACAUUGGUAGCUCUGCUGCUUCUUCUGCGAAGAAUGGAUUGUCCGAUGCACACCAGAAAGUAGUCAACCAGGUCGAGUUCUAUUUCAGUGAUAUCAAUUUAGCAACAACUGAUCAGUUAUUUAGAUUUAUGAGCAAAGAUCCUGAAGGAUAUGUGCCACUUUCUGUUGUUGCAUCAUUCAAGAAGGUAAAAAGUGCCAUUACCGACAAUACACAGCUUGCUAGUAUCCUGCGGAGCUCAAAUAAACUGUUAGUAAGUGAAGAUGGCAACAAUGUUAAACGCCAGCAUCCAUUAACUGAAUCAGAUAUGGAAGAGCUGCAAUCUCGUAUAGUCAUUGCUGAAAACUUACCUGAGGAUCAUUCCCACCAGAAGCUCAUGAAAAUUUUCUCAUCUGUAGGAAGCGUUAAGUCCAUUCGUACCUGUGCACCUCAGAAUUUAAAUGGCAAAACGGGAAAAGGUGACAGAUCACACUUUGCCGGAAAGUUUCACGCUUUUGUGGAGUAUGAAUCUGUUGAAUUUGCUGAGAAAGCGGUUGCUGAACUGCAAGAUGAGAGCAACUGGAGGAAUGGCCUGAAAGUUCGUUUGCUGCUUAAUAAUCCUGUAAAAUCUACUCAAGCACGGACAAAGAAAUCUGGUCAAGAGGGUCAGCCCUCUGGAAAGAAAGACGAGGCAACUGCGAGGGAGAUGCAGGGUUUCAAGGAGAAUCACUUGGAAGAUUCAUUGCGGAACUGUGAUGCACAAAAUCAUGAGCUUCAGUUGGAGGAUUACACAAAAGGCAAUGGGCAGAAGAAGGGUCGCAAUUCUGGAAAUGGUGGUGGAAACGGUGGUGGCAGGGGCAGAGGAAAAGGGAAGGGACAGGGACAGGGACAGGGACGUGGACGCCCUCAGCACGCAGCUAAUGGAGGAGCCGCAUCGUUAGAUGUUCCAGCGUUGAACUCAUCCAAGACGUCUCCUGUUCCUCGCAUGCCAGAUGGCACCAAGGGAUUCUCUAUGGGUCGAGGGAGGCCGUUAGCCAUAAAAACUGUUUAAUGGGAGCGAGAGCAUGCAGGUAUGGGAGUAACCAUCCUCGGCUGUUAGGGUAGUCUGUUGAUUUGGAUCAGGCUAUGCCUUGUAAGAGAGUAAUAUGAUUGUUGAACUUGGGAGAGAGCUAUAUAGUAGCAUUGGUGUUUCCCUAAUCAGGUUUAGAGGCCCCCUCGCUGUAGAUAUUCAAACAUUCCCGCUUCAUCCAGAUAUUAUUAUAUACGCAUAUCAUAUAUAAUAUGAAUGAGAGCAAGAAAGAAAAGCCAAGAAUUACUUAUU